CAUGUUACUACCGGGGCUGUCGGUGUUUCUGGUUCCAGGAAACAACAAAAACAUGUUCGAGCUCCGCGGAGUGAAGCGUCAAACCCGCAGCGGCCACCCGCAUUGACCCGGUUUCGAUUCCACCGACUGCUAUAUGAUUCCCGUCGAGUUCAGGGCCGACAACCCAGAACGAUGCCGCCGAAAGCACUGGGAUCCCUUGUAGCUCUGCUUUGUACCGGGGCCUGUCUGGUGCAGGGUUUCACUACAGUGUCCAAGGGCCCUGACACCUCCCGGGCUGAAAAUGCAAAGGAGUUCUGUUCUGGGGUCAACAAUGAAAAGUAUCGCUGUGAGAUGGGGUACUGCUGUGGAGAGACUGAAUGCUGCACCUACUACUAUGAGCUCUGGUGGUUCUGGUUGGUGUGGACCCUGAUCAUCAUGCUGAGUUGCUGCUGCGCCUACCGACACCGGAGGGUCAAGAUGCGUCUGCAGCAGGAGCAGCGUCAGCGUGAGAUCAGCCUCAUGGCCUACCAAGGAGCCUCCAGCUCAUUCAUCUCCCCUCCACCACUCAAUCUAAGGUUUUGGAACGACUGCAAACUCCCGGACUAUGAGGAGGUGGUAGGCCAUCCCCCGACGCCGCCCCCCCCUUACUCUGAAAACCCCCCUGAGACCGUUCCAGCACUCCCUCCACAACUAUGCCAGCCAGACGCUGCCGCAGUGCAACAACCCCCGACCCAUGCAGAACCGAAUUGCCAGGCCGCGAGCUCGUCGCCAGAACAGGAAGCUGCCUCGAUGCCAGUCCAGGCCCAGCGUCAGGAGGAGGAGAACCAGGAGGCUUCUUCUCUGGUGGCCGCAGAGGAGGACGAGGAGCUCAUCACUCGGCGUCGGCACGUGACCGGCGACUCUGGGAUUGAGGUGUGCGUUUGCCGGCUAGACGUAGACGAGGGGUCAGGGCUGGAGGAGGAAAGUGACGAGGAGCACCGGAUGUGCAAGGCCACCGGUGGGGACUGCUGCUCCGGGCGUCAUCAGCAAACCUUCAGGCAGAAGGAGCACACCCCCGAGCUGCCCAGCCAGACCGCCAGCACCAGCACUGGAGACCACAUGGUGUGAUCCGCGGCAUGAAUAACCAGCCAUUCAACUCGGCUUUCUGCUUCGCACACGGUGAAAUGAUAACGCUGUUGCCAUCAUCAUCAUCGCCAGAAACCCUGUCUGUGUUUUAAUUCUUUGAACUAACACACAGGCAUGAGGUUAAGAUGAUGAUGACAACUAAUCUUUACUGGCGCCUGAUAACGAAAGAUGAAUAACACAUUAAGUGGACAAAGAUUAGGCUUCAUUUUUUGCUUUGCUUUUUUCCGUAGUGGGUAAACCAGCGAACACUUGUUGAUACACAAUUUGGGUUUUUUUCUCCUUAGUGUUAAGUAAGAGAUUGUCAUUGGGCAGUGGGAAGGCAGCAAUUGAUUGUUACUGAAAUCAGAAUUGACUGUUUCCCUCGCUCCGCAAUAUCCUUGAGCACUGCCAUCAUGUUUCCGUUUCUUUGUCGUCACUCCCCUCGUUCAGAAAGUUCCCCGGCCCUCCUUCCAUCUGACAUUUGACCUUCUGAUCGUCCUAGAGCAUACCAACACGGUCAACAUUUCUCCCCACGUCCUCACUACGACCAGAGGCAGAGGAGUCAAAAAUAAACUUCUUGAUAACUCAAGAUAAAGCAGGAUUAAUUGUCAAGCGUCACGCAUUUCUUUUUCCCCCGAAGGCGUAUGAUGCGUGAGAGUUUGUGUGUGUGUGUGUGUGUGUGUGUGUGUGCGCGCUGUGGCCAGCUGCAUGGUGAUGUCAGCGCUGAGGUCAUAGCAACCACCGUCUGGUGCCCUCUGGGUCUGUGGGUGGGUUUGCAUCUAGA